GAUGAUCUCUCAGGUCUUCAUCUUGUCCUCAAAGGGCGACCACCUCAUCUAUAAAGACUUCCGCGGGGAAGCAGAGAGCAACGUGGUCAGCGUCUUCUAUGAGAAAGUCACGGCGCUGACCGGGGACCAGCCUCCGGUUGUCAUGACUCACAAAGAUCUUCACUUCAUCCACAUCAGACAGGGAGGACUCUACUGGGUCGCCACGACAACAGCUGACUCCUCUCCAUUCACCAUCAUCGAGUUCCUCAACAGGUUAUCAUCUCUGGUUAAAGAUUACUGUGGCAGUCUAUCAGAGAAGUCUGUUCAGAUGAACUUUGCUCUGAUCUAUGAGCUGCUGGAUGAAGUGGUGGACUAUGGUUACAUCCAGACUACGUCCUCUGAUGUGUUGAAGAACUUCAUCCAGACUGAAGCCGUCUCCUCCAGACCGUUCAGCCUCUUCGACCUCAGCAACGUCGGCCUGUUCGGAGCAGAGACCCAGCAGAGUAAAGUGGCUCCGAGCUCUGCAGCCACCAGACCGAUCCAGUCCAGCAGAGAACAGGGAGGGAAGAGCGAGAUAUUUGUGGACGUGAUUGAGAGGAUGUCUGUGGUCAUCGGCUCCAACGGCGUUCUGAUGAAGGCCGACGUGGAGGGGGAGAUCAGGGUCAAGUGCUACAUGCCCAGCUGCUCAGAGAUGAGGAUCGGUCUGAACGAGGAGUUCAGUAUCGGCAAGUCACAGCUCAGAGGUUACGGAGCAGCUGUCCGUGUGGACGAGUGCAGCUUUCAUCAAGCUGUUAAACUGGACGAGUUCGAUACUCACAGAAUCCUCCGACUGUGUCCAAGUCAGGGAGAGCAAACAGUGAUGCAGUACCAGCUGGCUGAUGAUCUUCCUUCAGCUCCUCCUUUCCGUCUCUUCUCCACCAUCGAGAGAGACAGCGGAGGAAGGCUGCUGAUGUAUCUGAAGCUUCGCUGUGAUCUGCCUCCAAAAAGCGCUGCCAUCAACGUGUCAUCGACCAUCCCUGUUCCUAAAGGCUCAGUGAGUUUGUCUCAGGAGCUCAGCAGUCCAGAUCAGAGCGCUGAGCUGAAGCCACAGAGCCGAGCCAUCGUCUGGCAGAUCCCUCGAUUCCCUGGAGGAACACAACUCUCUGCUCUGUUCAAGCUGGAGGUUUCUGGUCUGAGUUCAGCCUCCAUGUUGGAAGUGGGUCCGGUGGGUUUGAGCUUCGAGCUGCCAAAGUUCACUGCUACAGGCCUUCAGGUCCGGUUCCUGCGCCUGUCCCCCAUCCAGCCGGGACCCUCACAGCGCUGGGUCCGCUACGUCACUCACUCUGACUCCUACACCAUCCGAUUAUAACACCUC